UCAUGCUGCUGCUCCUCAUCGUAUCCACGGUCAAUGUGCUGUUUGGUGUUGGAAUGGUUUGCAUGCCCCUGUCAGACAACGGGCCCCACAUCGCCCACGGCUGGGCCCAGGUGGUGCGGCUCAGGCACCUUUACGCCACCAGGCCAGGAAUGCACCUGCUGAUCAGUGAGGGUGGACAGAUCCGUGGUUCUGCCGUCCAGACUCUGCACAGCCUAAUGGAGAUUCGUCCAGUGGGUCCAGGCCGUGUUGCCAUCAGAGGGGUGGCAACCGCAAGGUUUCUCUGCAUAGAAGACGACGGCACACUGUACUCAUCGCAUGCCUGCAGCAGAGAGGACUGCAUCUUCAGAGAACAGAUCUUGCCAGAUGGGUACAACAUCUAUAUCUCUGACAGACAUGGAGUCCUGCUCAGUCUGGGAAACCACCGGCAAAGACUGCAGGGCUUAGACCGAGGAGAUCCAGCCCUGGCCCAGUUCCUCCCCAGGAUCAGCACUCUGAAUCAAAUCCCUUCCCCUGGGGCAAAAAUCGGUGACCACAUGAAAGAAGCAAAAACAGAAGAACCUGUGGACACAAUAGAUUCAUUUGGAAAGUUCUCUCAGAUCAUUGACAGCCCCAGCUUCCAUAAGAGAUGAGCCUGCAGCUCUAAGACACCUGCUAAUGCAUGUGCCAAGGCGUGUCUGUGCAUUAUUCUCCGAGUGUUGUAAAACCAGCGACUCGGUGCAGCAUUCCUGUACCGGGGAAAGUACCUGCCCACACUGUUAAGUCCAAAAGACUCCAAGUGACCCAAAAGACUACAAGAGCAGAUCCAACGGAGUGGAGGACAGGUGUAGUGUGCUCUCCAGGACACUGGUACGACAAGGUGAGGGUGCUCACUGACCACAGGCAAACAAAAAGCAACACAAACACAUGCAGGAAAAGGAAUUAGUCAGGCUGACUGAGAAGGAGCGCCGUAAAUGCUGUAACACUAAAGAAAGAGUCCGACGUAUUCCUGAAAUAUGAAGCAGGAUUUAGGCGUAGUGAGGUAACCUCUGCUUUAGCCUUGGGUUUUACUGUCAACGAGGUGCUCUUUUCACAUCGCCACAGUAAAUUAUGCUCUGGAGCAGAUAGUGUUCAACAUAAGCAAUCAACAGAUACAAAACCUUGGUGCAGGCAAUGAGAGGGUUUCUGGUUUCUGAACACUUUUAAAGACUUUUCCUGAAAACCAUCAAUGGAUUUUUUUUACCCUCUUAUGUAUACAGGAUGUAGCAGUGAUGCUGAUAAGUUGACACACAACUGGAUUUUUUUAUUUAAUUAUUUAAUUUCAUCCUAAUUUAAUUUUUCCCAGCUUUUUACAGACCACUCAGAAGGCUUAACGCUAUAUGGUAAAUGGUCUGUAUUUGUAUAGCGCUUUUCUAGUCCCUAAGGUCCCCAAAGCGCUUCA